UCUCAUCUGGCUGGACAUGGUCGCCAUCACUUGCACCUGUUUGUUGUCCAACCAGACUGUUGCCGUCAACUGACCAGAUUGUCGAACUGUGAAAUCCCCCCUGCAAAAAUCUUGUGGAAAACCUCUCCUGUUCGAUCGGACUGUUCCACAGGCGUAGAUGCCAUCCUGAAGCAGGUCCAUGAGCAGUGCUGGGCUCGUGAAAAAGUUGUCCAUAAAGAUAUGGUGGUGUUUUCCCACAAGAGGCCGUGUCAAGGUCUUCACCACAGACCCCCCAAGACCAAGCUCAGG